CCCCGCCCCCCGCCGCCCCUCCAUCAACACCCUGAGGAAACAGCUCACCAGAGAGGGGGGGUCUCUGAACCAGAUGCUGCUGCUGCUCAACGGCACCAAGGAUGCCGAGUUCGGAGACCUUCAACUGAGGAAGAAGACCAAGAGUCUAGCUGCGGACGUCCGGGUCACCUGCUGUUUCUACGGCGAUGGAAAAACCAGCACCUGUUUCCAUGGCAAUAGUUUGGAGGAAAGCUCUGAGGAACAACAGACCGUCUACACGGGAGGUCCUGAGGUGGGCCGAGAGUCUGGAGGCUCUGCUGACCAAUCAGUACGGUCUGGCUGUGUUCCGUCACUUCCUGAGGUCAGAGUUCAGUGAGGAGAACCUGGACUUCUGGUUGGCUGUCGAGAGGUUCAAGAGGACACGCCCCCUCAGCAAGAUGGCCGCCAGGGCUGAGAAAAUCUACCAGGAGUUCGUCAGCACGGCGGCAGCGAGACAGGUCAACGUGGACUCGUCUGUCAGAGAAUCGACCAAUCAGGGCCUGCGUCUGGGCGCUAACCCCGCCUCCUUCCAGCAGGCCCAGGCCCAGGUCUUCGGCCUGAUGGAGGGCGACAGCUACCCACGCUUCCUGAGGUCCCGCCUCUACGCCCAGCUGGCCAAUCAGGGCGCACAGACAGAGUCGUCCAAUCAGAGUGGAGGUGUACCUUUAGACCAAUUAUAAGCGAGGAGAGCUGCCCGACAUCUGAUUGGCUGUCCAUCAGCUCCAAGAGCCGACCAAUGAAACUAUAGUUGCAUUAUGGGAAAUGUAGGAGCAGUGUUUUAAAUUAUAGUUGCAUUAUGGGAAAUGUAGGGGCAGUGUUUUAAAUGAUAGUUGCAUUAUGGGAAAUGUAGGAGCAGUGUUUUAAAUGAUAGUUGCAUUAUGGGAAAUGUAGGAGCAGUGUUUUUAGACUAAAGUCAGAAAAUCUCCAAAUCAUUUUUGAAUAGACUUUUUUAUUAAUAAUUCUUAAGAGUUCUCUAGUUUUACUGAAUCACAUUUUAUUUCCAUUCUUUAAUAUUUCCAUCAGUCAUCAUGUCCGCUCAGUCUGAAGAAUAUAUAGUAAAUAUUACAUAUAUAUAUAUUAUAUAAUACUUCUAAUCCCCCUCUAAAGACUCUGAGUGUGUCCUGAGCUAAUGUUAGCAUGCUAACACCAUUACGUGUGCUAUGCUGUUAGCAUUUAGCUCCUGCAGAGAGUUCAGUUUAUCUCUGAGGAGAAAGACAGCAGCAUCUCCUGUCGGGGUACAUCAAUAUAUAUAUAUAUACAUAUACACAUACAUGCAGUAUGUGUCUGAAGAAGGUGAACCUCCUGGUCUGUGUUCAGGCUGAAAGAUUGAAGUGUAUCAGAAGUUAGAGGACAUGUACUUCCUGUGUUUAUUGUUUUCCUCACAUGUUGGACUGUUUACAGACUUCAGUGUUUUUUAGGAGACAUUAAAGUAUAUAAUAACCAGA